AUGAAGAUACCAUAUGUUGACAGAAAGAGGCCUCAUGUACUGAGAAUGGAUGGAGUACAUUGCUUCAAUGUAAAGAAAUUCAGUGUUUCCCUCCAGUAGUGGCAAAUGGCCGCUUUGAACCUAGACGAACUCAACAUAUGUACAAUGAUAAAAUUGAGAUAAUAUGUGAUGAAGGGUUUGUCCCUAGAGGCCCAAAGCUUUCCAAAUGCAUUGCAAGAGGAUGGGAUCCUCCUCCUGCCUGUAUACGAAAGGGCUGUGAUUUUAUCCGUGUAGAAAAUGGAGGAAUGCAAAAUUAUGGAAAAUAUCCAAAACGGGAAGGAGAACAAGUUUGGUUUCAAUGUAAUAAUGGUUUUCUGCCUAAAAUCAAAGAGCAAACAUGGCAAACAGUGAGAUGCACCAAUUCCCGCUUUGAACCAGAACCAAAGUGUUUCAAAACAUGUGAACCUCGUCAACGGUUUUAUCAUGGUCACUUCCCUUAUAUCAACAGGAACAUUUACAUAGAAGGUGACAACAUUACAUUUGCUUGUGAUAGGGGAUAUUCUCCUGCAAACCAGCAAUCAAUAAUCACUUGCACAAAAACAGGGUGGUCGCCUCCUCCAAAUUGUAUCGUGCCAGCACCCUGCAGUAUCACAAGACAACAGCUGGCAACAAAAAACUUGUUUGUGUUUGGGAGUCAAAGAAAAGCUCGGCUUCUUCAGAGUAAUCAGAGCCUCCAAUUUCUGUGUGAUGAAGGAUACGUGCUUGCGGUUCCAUCAGUCAGAAAGUGUGUUGACGGUUACAUAGAGUUGCCAUUGUGUAUCUCUGAUCCCUGUGUGAUCCCCAGGACUGAACUGGAAAGCCAAAAGAUAACAGAAGUUGAAAAUGGAACAGAAGUUAAAAAUAGAACAGAUGUGCCUGAAAAUAUCUUCGUUCAGCGGGGUCUUUCCAUUGAGCUGACCUGUAGAACAGGAUAUGUCCUUGCAGAAAAUUCUUCCCAAUCAGCUUUUGUAAUGCAUUGUGAUGGGACUCCACCCGUGAUUCCUAAAUGCAAAGAAAUUACAUGCAAUUCUCCAAGAAUAUCCGACGGUUCUUUCCGACCUCAAAGAACUGUAUACCAUGAUGGGGAUCUGAUUCGAAUUCGGUGCGACAGUGGAUUUACUUUUGAACCAGUCAAUGGAGAACAAGUGGUUGAAUGCACCAAAAAUGGAUGGUCACCUUCACCAAAAUGUCUCAAAAAGUCAUGUGGUCCAGCUCCAGACAUCCCCAAUGCUUCACUGCGGCAAGAAAAUAGAGAAGAAUAUGAUUCUGGAACAAUAAUAAAUUAUACAUGCAAUCCUGGAUUUGAGGCUAAAGAAUCUGCUAAAAAAACAUGCAGAAGGGGAGAAUGGCUAGGAGCUUUCACUUGUAAAGAUAUAAGAUGUUCUUCUCCCCCUGAAAUUGAACAUGCUCGGAUUACGGGUGAAAGAAAGGCAAAGUAUUUGACUGGGGAGAAGGUGAAGUAUCAGUGCAACCCAGGCUAUGUUCUUCUGGGAAAUUCUUUCAUUACAUGUUCGAAGGAAGGUUGGAGAGAAAUACCACGUUGUACAGUUACGGAAGGAAGAUGUGGACGUCCACCUCCUGUGGAGAAUGGAGAUGUUGUGGACACACCCAAGUUAACCUAUUUAAAUACUGAAAGUGUAACUUAUCAGUGCCAAAAUUUCUACACAAUGCAAGGUUCUCCAAGAGUGACUUGUCAAAAUGGCCGUUGGUCACAAACCCCAACAUGUAGAGUUGCUUGUACAGCAAGUGAAGAAGAUAUGAGAGAACGUAAUAUAAAGCUGAGGUGGUCCAAUAGGGAUACACUAUAUACUACGGAUGGAGAUGUAGUGGAAUUUGUAUGUUUAAGAGGCUAUAGACCACAUCCAUCUUCUGGACCAUUCAGAAUUCAUUGUGUGGAAGGGAAAUUUGACUAUCCGUAUUGCAUUCGAUCUAAUUAAAUAAAUAACGGGACAUAUACGGCACCAUUAGAACCAGAAGAUGAAUGUCUGAAAUAAUAUAUCAUUCUCUUUAAUAUGACCACAUGAAGCUGGAUUGUAUACAAUUAUAAAUGGUGGAUCUAAACCUAAAAGCCUACUUGGUAAAAGACAGAUUUUACCAACUCAAAUUAUUGGGGAAAUGAUAACGUUUAAAGACAAGUUUAUAGAACAUCUUUAAGGCAGAACACAUAUUAUAAUGUAACAUUAUAAAGAUAUUUUUAAAAAUGCAUCUUGAGGAAUGUAGAUGUUUUCUAUAUAUAUUUUAGUUGUAAACAUUUAAUUAUUCUGAAUUAUGAAUCAGCAUCUUAAAGCAAUGACAAUAGAUAAUUGAAAUUGAUGUUUUUACAUAUAGAGGUGUCAAGUUCUUUAAAAAAAAUAAAAAAAAUACCUUAAUCAUU